CAUAGUACAGGUAGAACUGCGCCGCUUGGUUUAUAGCGGCAGGCCAAGAACUCCAAGAAGCGCAGGUGGGGAAGGAGAAGCAGCGGCGGAAGCGGGACAGUUUCGAGAGAGAAAGAGAGGGGGCGGUGGGUGGGAGCGAGAGGUUGGGAAGUGGGGGAGGUCCAGUUCCUCUUUUUCGGCGGGGGAGGUUUGUCUGCCGCCGGGAUGGGCGACUCUGGCGGCUCCGUCGUGUCUAUUGACGUCGAGCGCAUCUCCUUCGGCGGGAAGGAACAUCAUAUAGAAACAAAACAUGGACCUGUAUCUGUUGCUGUGUAUGGUGACCAUGAUAAGCAUGCCCUUAUUACUUAUCCAGAUGUUGCUUUGAACCAUAUGUCUUGCUUCCAAGGACUACUAUUCUGCCCAGAGGCUGCCUCACUGCUGCUCCAUAAUUUUUGCAUUUACCAUAUAAGCCCCCCUGGACAUGAGUUAGGAGCCACUCCGAUUUUACCAAACAGUCCUGUGGCAUCAGUUGAUGAGUUAGCGGAUCAGGUUGCAGAAGUACUUGAUUUCUUUGGAUUGGGUUCUGUUAUGUGCUUAGGUGUCAGUGCUGGUGCAUACAUUCUUACUCUCUUCGCAACAAAGUAUAGGGAGCGUGUGCUCGGUCUUAUCCUCGUUUCACCUCUAUGUAGAACUCCCUCAUGGACUGAGUGGUUUUAUAAUAAGGUGAUGUCGAAUUUGUUGUAUUAUUACGGGAUGUGUGACAUGGUGAAGGACUGUUUGUUGCAGCGUUACUUUGGCAAGAGAGUGCGAGGAGGCUCUGCUGUACCAGAAUCUGAUAUUAUGCAGGCGUGUAGAAGUUUCCUAGAUCAACGGCAAAGCAUGAAUAUAUGGCGGUUUAUCCAAACAAUCAAUCAGAGACAUGACUUGACAGAAAGCCUGAAGCAGCUGCAGUGCAGAACUCUGAUAUUUGUCGGUGAGAACUCGCAGUUCCACACUGAAGCUGUUCACAUGACUGCAAAGCUUGAUAAGAGAUACAGUGCCCUCGUUGAGGUGCAAGCAUGUGGGUCCGUCGUGACGGAGGAGCAGCCGCACGCGAUGCUGAUACCAAUGGAGUACUUCCUCAUGGGAUACGGCCUGUUCAGGCCGAGCCAUGUAAGCUCCAGCCCUCGCAGCCCUUUGAACCCGUUCUGCAUAUCGCCGGAGCUCCUCUCGCCCGAGAGCAUGGGUGUGAAGCUGAAGCCGAUCAAGACGCGGGCCAAUCUCAGAGUGUAGGUACAUAUAUGGAAGAAGAAAAGGUUGGAGGUGUGAGGGGCUUUAGGCUAACCCGGCGAUCGGCGAUACUGAUGGUAUGUCUGCCUUGAUUUUGGCGUUGAAAUGGGGAGAGAUGUUGUAACUGUGAUGUAGAUAUAGAGAAGAGUUUUAGGGUGGUGAGGUUGGUUGGUUGGUUGGUUGGUGGUGGGUUCUAUUCCAUUGAUUCGUGGUAGUAUUAAACAGUUGUAAAUGGUCACAGAUUGUUUGUCAAAGCAAAAGGAAUAAUGAUAAUAAUAAAGGGAGGCUGGUGAGAUGCUGUCCGAUUAGGUGCGCA